AUGUUACGAAAAUUCAUUGAAAAUCGCUGGUCACCUGCAUUGCCACGCUGGAAAGGAUCCGGUAUCUCUAUUCUGGCGAAAGACCAAAUACGCCCUAUCGUUUUCCAAGGACUUUCUGAUUCGCAGAGCAAAAUUAGAUCUUUAUGCGCGCAAAUCGUCUCAACUAUAGCGAAUGCGGAUUGGCCCGACGAAUGGCCUGAUCUCUUGAAUACACUGAUUGGGCUCUUAUCCUCUGAUUCUCCCCCCUCUGUUCACGGUGCUAUGCAAGUGCUGGCGGAACUCAUCAAGACUGAUCUUACAGAAGAUCAAAUCUUACCUGUUCUUCGCCAACUCCUUCCCAUUUUGCUCAAUGUUUUAGGCGCUAUUGAACAUCCACAAGCUGUGAAAGAGGCUGCUGCCACAGUGAUACCUCCAUGGCUCGACGCAUUCAAAUAUUUGCUUGAACUUGAUCCAAGACAAGAUGUCGAAAACAGACCAAACUGGGACGGGAUAGCGUUGCGGAUUCAGAUCUAUAAAGCUCUAGAUGCAGUACAUGCACCGUUUGCACGUGUGCUCCAGCCAUACAUUAACAAUUUUCUUGCUUCAUCUCUUAACCAUCUGCUUCUACUUUUCCCGACGUUCGUACACUUCUAUGUCCUUGCUCAAGAGCCCAUUCCCACCCCUUCAGAAAAUGAACCAACAGAGCUUUCGCAGCUCUUCUCCUCCAUCAUGGACCUCAUUUCGGUCCUCACACGAGGAGGUAAAGGGAAGGAAUGGCUCAACGGAGAUAAUACUAAAGCACUGCUGAUUGCGGUGUUGAAUUGGAUACAAAUCACACAAGACGAAGAAGAAGAAUGGGCUGGUAAUGCUAACGCAUUCGUUGCAAACGAGGCAGAGGAUUCAUUCGCGUUCAGCCUGCGGGUGGCUGGGCUCGAUAUGCUUGGGGCUCUGGUUGACGGCUUCCGGCCUAUUGCAAUGGCCGCUUUGCAGAGGUCGAUUCAAGAAGUCACAUCUUUGUCAGACCAAGCGAGGAGUAUUGGCAACCCCGACUGGUGGCGAUUGCUUGAGGCCAUGUUAACAGCUCUCGGCUCGCAGGCGGAGUCGGUAUUAGAAUGGAUUGAUGACGAAGUUGAUUCUGGUCGUCCAAAUCCCAUCGAUAUCCAGGCUCUUCUUACUAAUGUCAUACCUAAUCUCCUCGGGCUCUCUGAUUGCCCAUUCCUACAAGGUCGCGCCUUUGUUUUCGCGAGCCAAUUCACGAAAGUAUUACCUACUCAGCUUGCGGGUGAAUAUCUUCAUGCCACUGUUCAGGUCUUAGAGGCAAGCGAAGCCAAUGUUCCGAUCAAAGUAUCUGCCGUACGCGCAGUACAUAAUUUCUGCAAAGAGAUUGAUGGACAGUUACUCGUAUCGGUAGCUCCACGGAUAGCGAAGGCAGUGGGACCCUUCCUUUCUGUUACCUCUGACGAUACCCUAUCCCUUGUUCUGGAGGCGCUGUCUGUGAUUGUGGAGAUAGAUGAUGGAAAGUGGAUGACUACUGAUCUGGCCGAUUCCCUAGUUGGUGCAGUACUGGACGUAUGGAUGAGGAACAAUAAGGAUCCUUUGUUCAUAUCUGUCUUGACAGAGAUUCUCGAUUCUCUCGCGUCAUCCUCAGCUCCUGAUGUCUACGAGACGGUUGUCAGACGGGCACUUCCUGCAUUGAGUAAUGCAAUCACGGCAUCGACAGAAAAGGAGCACUGGAUUACCGGUGCUGCCAUUGAUCUUGCGAGCAGUCUUGCAAGAGGUGCACCGGAGACAGGUCUCGGUGAGGGCUUCGUCGGGUUGCUUUCUCCGGGGCUGUUCCUGGCUUUGAGAACAAUCGAAGACCGUGAUGUGAUUCAGAACGGCAUCUUAUGUCUUACUUUGAUCAUUCGAAAGGAUUUCGGACAAUUGCAAUCCUGGACUGACCCGACCACUGGUCAGGCUGGUUUAGACAGCGUGCUGGCUGUUAUCGCGAAGCAGAUGAGGAGUCAAGACGAAUCUGGUGGUCUCGCAAUGGGUGAUAUGAUCAUCCACCUGUUCCGCAAGGCGGGUGAGGCUGUGGUACCCAUCCUACCUGAUCUAUUGCAAGCAAUGCUCGGUCGUAUGAUAAGCGCCAAGACGGCGACGUUCAUCCAGAGUUUGGUUAUUCCGUUCGCAUUCCUCUUGCAUAAUCAACGCGAUACUGUCCUCUCGCUGUUGGAGUCGAUCAGUGUGGACAGCCGUUCUGGAUUGGAUAUCUUGAUUCAAACGUGGUGCGAGAACGAGGAAACAUUCCAAGGAUUUUGGGCUCAGCGAAUUAGCACGCUCGCAUUAAGCUCCUUGUAUGCAUCUGGUCGUCCAAGCUUGCAGAGCAUCGUCGUGAAAGGUGAUCUCAUCAUCAAACCUGAAACUCAAAACGUAAUCAUGACUCGUUCCAAGACAAAGACAGCCGGACGCGUUUUAGUUCCUACAGAGUUCACUUCACUCCCUUUCCCGGUGAAGGCCGUGAAGAUGCUUUUGAGCGAGCUGCAAUCUGGUGGAGAAGCUGCAUCCAAGCGAUUAGGAAGGAUGUCUGAUCUUGAAUCAGAUGAUGGUGAUAGCGACUGGGCGGAGGAUGAGCCCGAGGGGUCACAGAUGAAACCAGGUGGACUCAGAGACGACGAGUUUGCCGUCUUGUCUGAAUAUCUGACACCUGGGGGUCUUCCGUUCGACUUUGACGACGCGCUUGAACCUCCAGACGACGAAGAUCUAAAGAAUGACCCCGUGUGUCAGAUUGAUUUACGGGAUCAUCUACUAGCAUUCUUCCGGGAAUGUGCGGCCCACAAUAUCAACGACUUCUCUGCUAUUGUUGAGCAACUAUCGGCAGAAGAGAUUGUAGUAAUUCGCGAGGUUGUAAAUUCGUAG